GGCCGUGGGGCACAGUGGCUGAGAGGAGAAGGCAGCAGAGAGACUGUGCAGAGUAAGCAAUGGAGUCAGACAUAAAAGAGAGUGAACAUUUUAAAAGCCAGUUUAAGGCUUAUCAAGAGCAACAGCAAAAGCGGCUGCAAAACCUAAUGGAGAAGAAGAAGGAAAAGCAGAACAGCCUGAAGGGUGAUAAUGGCAACACAAAGGAGGUUUUCAGAAUCCCAGAUGAUCUAAACCUGCUUGAAACAGGACAGCCUGUAAAUGAAGAUGACAGCAAAAGGUUGUUUGAAGCUGAGAAGGAGCAGCUCCAGGAUCAGCUUCGAGAGGUCCGAGAUGAGAACUGCAGGCUGUACAAACUGGUGACAGACAAAGAUUUUGAAAUAAAGCAACUCCAGAAAAAAAUACAGGAGGACAGGUUGGCCUUGUCAGGGGCAUCUGGUUUAGCUGGAGAUGUGGUAGCUACUAAAAUUGUUGAAUUGGCCAAAAAGAAUCGUGAGAUCACUGCUGAGGCUGAGAGGGAAAAAGCCAAAGUGAAGCAGCUGAGUAACAAAGUCAAAGAGCUGGAGAAAGAACUACAGACAGCUGUAGGAAAAAUACAGUCUCUUGGUGGUUGUGAUGCAGGAAUCAAGCAAUCAGCCCUGAAGAUGACAGAAGGAAACUUGGCUGAAAGUCCAGAGGUGAAAGCAUUGCAAGAAAAAUUAACCACAGCCAACAUGAAGGUGUUAGACUAUCGUAACCAGCUCCAGUCUGCAAAACAGGAACUGAAGAUGACCCAAAAGCUUUUGGCAAAUGAAGUUGGUGAAGAUGUGAACAUCCAAAGUCUCUUGAUCAAUUCUGGGGGCUGGCGAGGACGAGCUCAGCAAAUUCUUGUUCUCCAGAGCAAGGUUCGAGAGCUGGAGAGUCAGCUGGGUCAAAACAAGACCAGGACAUCACUGGGUGAGAUUGCUGAGGAGCUGCUGGUACUUACUGAUCCAAGGAAGUUGUCAGCCCAAGAGAAGAACUUGUUGAAGAUUCGCAGCUUAGAAAAAGAAAAGAAAGAAGCUUUGGAGAAACUCACUGGGGAACAUGAUGCUCUCCAGAAAAGUCAUGAGGAAGUGAAAAAAAAACUGGAUGCAUCCAAAGCCAGGAACAAAGUACUGAGCAGUGAAGUGAAAACCCUGAAGGGACAGAUCAUAACCCUGCUGGAGAAAGGGAAGCACGACGAUGAGCUCAUCGACGCCUUAAUGAGCCAACAGGAGCAAAUGCAGGAGAUCUUAAAGCACCUGAGCCAGCAGGAUGAGAAGAACAAGGAGUCCCAGCAGAUGCUAGGGCAACAGUUGAACAGUGAGGUUCAGAAACAAAACUGCCUUGUAGAGCAGCUCAGACAGAUGGUGGCUGAACGAGAAGCAAAGGUUAAAGAGCUGGAAGAAGAGAUUGAGCAACUCACACUUCAGAAGAAAUCUGCCCAUCAAGGGGACAGCUCAGGACCUGCUGAUCCACCACCUCCCAAGCACUCAGAAGGUUUUACUCUGGCAUCAGGCAGCAAUCAGGUUGGAAGGAUUGAAUCUGCUCGCACAGUGUCCAAGAUGGGCCAUACUCUUGUAGAGUCAGCAGCUACUAAGCCUUCCCUUCUCAGUGCUAACAUCACACCUGGAAGGCUCCCUGGCUCUGACAGCCCGGAUUUACAAGUGCUGCAGACACAGAUCACAGAGCACAGGGCUCUGUGCCAGGCUGCUGAAGUGGAAAGAGACAGGCUCCUGCAACUGGUCACUGUGCUGCAGAAAAGGGUGGAGGAAGGCAACCAUGAAGUCUUGGAAGCUGAGAAGAGGCUUCAGGAAGAGCGGCGCCACCGUGUCGUUUUGGAACAGCAACUUGAAAAACUGCAGCUGGAUCCAGGGAGGAACAGAGGUGCACAGAAACCUCCCCUGAGGAGCAAGGCAGGUCAGUCUGCCCAUCACUCCAAGCUCACCCGGAAUGUGAGUGACAGGAAGGAGCUCCCUGCAGCCCAGCUCUCCAAGUUGCCUCUGGAAUCACAGAUAGAGGAGCUGAGCACAAGGCUUGCGAUCCAGCUGGAUGAGAACGAAGCCCUGAAGGCAGCUCUGGAAACGACUGUGAGAAAGAAAGAGGAAGACUUUAAACUGUAUCAGGACACAAUGGACCAAGUGAAAGAUAUCUUUCUACAGGCCAUUCGGCAGCAGAAACAGGAGAAGACUUAAGCAAGAUAUUGAGAGUCCUUUGGACUGCAAAGCAGGGGGAGAGCCCAGGCCUCGUGCCCAUGAAUUGAAAUGCAGUGGCUGUGUAGUUUUGCAGCCUCAGAUCGUGUCAUUUCUUUAGCACUAGCAGAAGAGGAUGAGAAAUGGAGAUGAAAUGCAAAAAGGGUGAAGGUUUUGCAUGUCAGCAGAUUCUGGCUGCAGGAGUUACCAAGCAGCUGGGGCUCUCAGGCUGCACAUGCUGUAGGUUGGUGCAGUUUAGGAGGCUGCAAUUCUACAGCGUGGUUUGGGGCAAAACCUCCCUUGGUUCCACACAGUUUUCCUCAAGAGGGCUCCUUAUUCAAUAUGCUGCUGCCUUUAUCAGCCCAUAAAGGAAUUUGCUGUACAAAAGUUAUGCCAGCUCCCUUCCAAAGUCGUGCCAGGAACAAAGCAAGUUGUGUUUCAAUCAGCAACACUGAUGCCUGCCUGUCUGAGGCUUCCUGUGGUACUGAGACUGUGGAUCAGCCUGGCCUGUGAAUAUCUGCAAGUGCAUUUUGGGGGGGCUUCACUCACCGUUCCAGCCUGGUUAUUUGAUGGACUGUACUGGCAGCAGAGUUUUCUGAAACUCAGUGGAGUUUCCAGUGGAGAGGCAGACUGUGCAGAUCACCCCUGCAACCAGUCAGACCUGCCUUAAAUUCAGCUCAUCUCCUACAAAAUUUGCCACCUGGGUUCUGAAUUCCCUGUUUCUGAGUCUCUGCAUUCAUCCAUCAGGCAGGUCUUGUUCUCACUUGGAAGAAAUGCUAACAAAAGGCAGGCAGGUCUUCCCUGCAGUGGUGGAGGGACUUUUGGAAGUGCUGAAAACCCUUUGUCCUUCUCUUUUGCAGCAUGAUGAGCACACCAAGAGCAAACUAAUAAGGCAUUAACAUGCAGGCUGGCAGGGCCAGCCAGCUUGGGGAUCACAAGCAAAUGGAGAGCUAGUCAUUUCUGGAUAGUGCUGCUUUGUUUCUCAGUUGAAAGUCUUGAAAGCUCUUCUUUUUCUGCUCUGCUUUGUCAGCCUCUUCAUUUAACCCCAGCCACCACCAGUGCAAAGUGGAUUUAUGGACCAGCAAAAACCUCCUCUCCCUUUCCCAGCACAGGGAUCAGGUCCUGGCUCUGCUGCACUGAGAUGAGGCAGAGUGAGCAGAGCAGGAGUCACUCCAGAUGCAGUGAGGCUGGUGUUGUCCCUGUCUUUUUCCUGCUUAGUUACAGAGACUUUUCAGACAAUUCCUGGAGUUCCUGGUGGAGGAGGUGGGAGCUGAGGAUAAGUUCAGCCCCUAAGAGUUUUAACCCUCCCUGUACUUAAAAGCUGUGCUCUGGCCUAUAGCUCAGCAAAGCCAUCAGGUGGGACCAAAACAGCUCAUUGCUGAUCACCCUGCCAGCAGCAUCAGAGAAAAAGGCAUCCUGCAACCCACAAUCCUCCCAACAACCUGAAGAAUCCUAACCCCUGGAUCAAGAGACAGACACAGUGUCAUCCAAGUGAGCUGUGGUUUGGUUUGGUUCAACUCCAUCCUGAUGGUUACAUAGCACGGAGUAGAGUGAGCAGACCAAAGUGAAGAAACCACCCCACUUCUGACAGGUAUUUAAAGAACCUGCAGCAGUGAGGGGAGCCCUUUGAAAAGCUUCCUGAGCUGUGGCAGAGGUGUGGAGCUUCUGCUAUGCAGUGGCUGCUAAAUUCAGACUUGGUAGCUGGAGGCUGGAGAUUCUGAUUUCGCUUACCCAGAAGUGUGAAUCAAUAACAUUUUCACUUAAGCACAGGAGGGGCAGUCUGCCAUCCUUUCUAACCCACACUCAGCAUUUGCCUCCUGUCCCGUGGUGAGGCAGUGAAGAUCAUACCACUCUGCAGCAAAAUGGCUGGGAACCAACCCAUGAAACACAGGGAAGAAACUGGGAGGGCUGUAUGUUCCAGAACACAUAUGGCUGGCUUGGCUAGUGCACACGGUGCAAAGCUCUUCUCAACUGCUGCAACACUCCUUUCUUGCAACAUAUGCUUGUUUAGGGUUGCACAGAAGCAUUGUCUCUUCUUUAGUUUUUUUUCCCCUCACCAAUACACACACAGCACUACCAGACUCCUUGACAAAGAAGGAACUAAGACACUGUGAAAGUUUAUUUAGAGAGUAUGUACCUGGAAGUAACUGUUUCUCAUGGAAAUGUGUGAUCUGUCUCCAUCACAGAGCAGUGGGGGGUUCUGAACACAGGCCAGAUUGUCCAGAUCAUCUCAGUUUUCACUUUAGUUUUGAAAUAAAUUCCCUCUGCACUCCACAGAGUGA